GGCCCCCAGCGGCUCUGAACAGCCCGACCGAGAUGCCCGCAACGCGGCCCCCGGCCACCCGGCCUCCAGCAGAGGGAUGCCGCCGCCGCCCCGUCUGCCCCAACUCCUCCAAAAUGCGGCCAAGCUUCUGGACAAAAAUCCAUUCUCUGUCAGCACUCCAAAUCCACUGCUUCCUUCUCCCGCAAGUCUUCAGCUCGCUCAGCUACAAGCCCAACUUACCCUGCACAGGCUAAAAUUGGCUCAGACAGCAGUCACCAGCAACACAGCAGCUGCAACUGUACUGAAUCAAGUUCUCUCCAAAGUGGCCAUGUCUCAGCCACUGUUUAAUCAAUUAAGACAUCCAUCCAUGAUUAAUACUCCCCAGGGGCAUGCUGGAGGACCUCAGCAAGGACCUGCGAUCGCCAAUACUAGAUUUCCAUCUAGUGGAAUACCUUUUCCAGCACAGAAUCCAGGUUUAGCGGUACCAGGAGGAAGCAUGGGGACUGUUGGGAACAUACAGAAUCAAAACCCAAAUGCUAUUGUCAUGCACCCCUUUGGAGGUGUAAUGUCUCAGACAUCCAGCCAACCAACUGUAGUUAUGAGUCUCAAUAAGACAGGCCACUCGUCUGCUGCAGGAGGAUUUUAUGACUACAAUAAACAAAAUGUCUCUGCCCCUCAAGUAUACACAGCUGAUGCAGGCCAGGGCAAUCAGCACAACUUCAUGACCAGUGGAUCUCACUCAGUGUCCUCCUCCUCAGGAGGGGUACCCUAUGAGGGUCAUUUUGGUCCUUCCGGCCAACUAAAACAUGACAGUCAGCCUGGAUUUCAGAAAGACUUCUAUGGCCCCAAUUCUAAAGGACAACAUCCAACAGGAAUACAAUCUUUGGGUUUUUCUGGUGAGCCACAGAUGAGUGCUCAUCAAACUGUGAGUCAGAAAGGAGAAGCAGGCCCUGUGGUACAUAACACAUGUGCAAAUAGCCAGUGGGAAAACGCUCCUAAUUUCUCCAGCCAGAACAAGCCUGACCUCGUGGUCAGUGGCAACUUGUGGCCGUCCACGGGUCAGCAAUAUGAAAUAAGAAAUGAACUCUACAACCCUGAAGAACCGACACCUGACACAAAGUUUGGUGCUGGGACUACACUUCCUUUCCACAGACUUAACAAUAGUAAACCAAGUUUCAGUAGUUCCCGAAUGAGGCAGAAUGAGGAGUUGACCACAAACACAUCUGAUUUGUCAAUGAGAUCUCUUCAGCCUCAUGAGCUAAAUGACUUUCACGGCAUCGCCCCUCUUCACUUCCCACACGUCUGCACAAUAUGUGACAGAAAGAUCUUUGAUCUAAAGGACUGGGAUCAGCACAUUAAAGGAAAUCUUCACAUCCAAAAAUGUAUGGUUUUCUCAGAAAACACUGGCAUCCGAUGUGCGUUAAGUUCAGCGGAGGCAGCGUUGCAUUCAUCUCCAAAUAACACAUCAGUUUUCAACCCUUCUGGCAUCGAAGAUUACCCAUCGAAUGCUGGCUCAUCUUAUACCACUGUGUCAACAAGAUCCUUUGGUCAGCCAGGUCCUACAUUUUCUUCCCCUCCAUCUGGAGUAAAAUUUCCACAAAGCAAAUCCACCGUGGGCCGAGUAGUACACAUCUGCAAUCUCCCCGAAGGAAGCUGCACAGAGAAUGAUGUCAUUAAUCUUGGACUUCCCUUUGGGAAAGUCACUAAUUAUAUCCUCAUGAAAUCUACUAAUCAGGCCUUUCUCGAAAUGGCUUACACUGAGGCUGCACAGGCGAUGGUGCAGUACUACCAAGAGAAACCUGCUAUGAUAAAUGAUGACAAGUUACUCAUUAGAAUGUCUAAAAGAUACAAGGAGCUUCAGCUGAAGAAACCAGGUAAAAAUGUGGCAGCAAUCAUCCAGGACAUCCAUUCUCAAAAGGAAAGAGAUAUGUACCGUGAAGCCGACAGGUAUGGGACUGAGAGGCCACGCUCUCGCAGCCCCAUAAGUCGCUCUCUGUCACCAAGGUCCCACACCCCAAGCUUUACUUCCUGCAGCUCACCUCGCAGUCCGUUGGGUGCCAGCAGGACAGAUUGGGGAAAUGGAAGAGAGUCGUGGGAUCAGUCCCCUUACUCCCGAAGAGAGGAAGAAAGAGAUGCAGCACUCUGGAGAGAGAACGGGGAGGAGAAAAGGGAUAGGACUGACACAUGGGUUCACGAGAGAAAAUACUAUAUACGGCAGCUGGAUAAGCUAGACUUAGAUGGACGGAUCGAAGGAGCCAGAGGGCACAGAGAAAAGUACUUAAGGGGUGGUUCACCCAAUGCCCUUCAUGCUUUACCUGGAUAUAAGAGCAGGGAAGAUGACUAUUACAGAAAAGCAGCUAAAUCAAAAUCUGAUCGAUACCAAAAGCAGCUGCAGGAUGCCCCGGUGAAGUCUAAAAGAAAAGAAGAGGCCAGGUUAAGAGAGCGCAAACACUCUCACUGUGAGGACCUAGAGAAGGAGGAAACUUCUGAACAAAGGCCCAACAAGGUAUCUGAAGGCAUCAGGCAAAAGCAAAGUGAUAAAUAUAAAACCAAGAAAGCUGAUAAAGACCCAGUUGAAGAUGCUGCUGCUGCGGCUGAAAGCAGUGACGCAAAGGAAGGCAACGCACCUGAGAAUGAGCUUGGGAAAGAGGAGCAUAUUACAGAGAAGACCUCACCUUCAGCAAAUAAACAAGGAAAAGAUUCAGCAGAUUCCAUGGAAAGCACAAGAAAAGAGAAGGAGCGAGACUGGGAAAGUGGAAGUGAGAUGGAAGGCGAGGCCUGGUAUCCAGCUAACAUGGAAGAACUGGUCACAGUGGAUGAAGUGGGAGAAGACGACUUUAUUAUGGAGCCGGAUAUAACUGAACUUGAAGAAAUUGUUCCAGUUGAUCCAAAAGACAAAGCAUGCUCAGAAAUGCAUCAGUAUGUAACUAGCACGUUAGAACUGGAAAAUGACCAUAGCCAGAUAAACAGGUGUGAAGGCGAAUCUGCCCAGGAAGCUCCAGAAACGAGCUUCAGAUCAGCAAAGGAAAGCAUAGCUGCUUCCGGUGGCUGUCCAGAAGCUGAUGAUGAUGAUGCAGUUACCGAAGCAUCAAGCCUAAAUCUGGACACUGAACAGAAGCCAGAUGGAUCACAAGAAGACAGAGCUCUUAGGGAUUCUAAUUACCACAGAAAGGAAGGAAAAAUAGAGGAGAGCUCUGAUAUUCACAUAAAGCUGGAGGAUGGACAGAUACCUUCUGAUCAAAUGAAAGGAGAGACUCACCAGCUCUCUGGCACUUUUAUGGAUCAUUACAAGCAGAUGGGAUCACAAGAAACAGAGAGUAGAGAAGUAAUGGAAAUGCUUGUAAAAAACUCCAGUGAAGAAACAACGCGUGGAAGCCAAGAGUGUCAAGAGACGCGGGUAAAUUCUAGGUACCUGGAAAUGAAAUCUCCUGAAUUCUCCGAGGUGAAAUCUAAAAGAACCCAUUCUUCACCAUCCUGGGAACAAGAGGAUGUUUUCACUGAACUUAGCAUUCCUCUAGGUGUGGAAUUUGUGGUGCCCAGAACUGGGUUUUACUGCAAGCUUUGUGGACUUUUCUACACGAAUGAAGAGACAGCUAAGACAAGCCACUGCAGAAGUACUGUUCACUACAAAAAUCUUCAGAAGUAUCUAUCCCAACUUGCAGAAGAGAGUCUGAAAAUGAAUGAAGAAGACAGCAAUCUGCCACAGGACGUUGCUGGGAUUGUUCCCCACUUUGAGAAGAAAAAGCUAUGAUGUCGCUCAACUAGAAGAGCUGUAAAUGAGUGAAUGCUGACAUUUCAUUGUUGAUCUACAUGGUGUGGUGAUCAAUUUGCACUGUGCAGGAGGAAGGAAAGCACAAUAAACAGCAUGUUCUAUGCAUCUAUGCCCAGGGUGCCAUUAAAAACCAUAAUGCCUGAAAUAGUUUCCCACGGGGAAGCAGUGCUGGCGUAUCUGUAACAAGCACAGCUAUUCUUUCUCAGGCUGUGUGUUGGGAGCGGCUUCCUAUACUAACUCAGAAUUCUCAGGGAUUCUCAGAUGCCACACAGUAGGUCAGGCUGAGUAUUUAGAAGAAUUUAGCAUCCUCCAGUGGAAAUGAUCUGAAAAGAAAUGUCCUGAAUGAAGCUUUUAACAUGAAUAUAUUUUAAGUCACUUCACUCAUUAGUAUAGUGAACAAUAGGCCUUGUUUAAGAGACCUAAAGCCAUUGUGCUAGUGCUGUUAGAUGGCAUAAGGUAAACCCCAGUGGCCUCAGGAUAUGUGCACCUAGAGCUUGGUGAUGAUAAUCAUCAUUGUUUUUUAAUUUUCGAGUGUUGUCCAUGUACUCGAUGUUGUACAAAGAUCGAGGAAGUCACAGUCCCUGUUUCUAGGAGCGUACAAUUGAAAUCCAAUACAGGCAGAACAGUUCAGGCUGAAAGUUAUUUGCCUUCGUUCUCCAGUGCUUUAUAUCCUGUGGGCUGGAUGCUCUUUGGUAAUUUCUGUGUUUGGAAAUAUUCCUUGGGAAAAUUCUAAAAGUGUGUCCACUUUGUGUCUUAGAUUAAACUCGCACAAGAAGCUUUAUAACUGCUAGACGUUUCGCUUAUGUAACUUGUAGAAUUCUUUAUCCAUUCUCAUUGGGGGGGUUUAAAACAUGUUUUUCUAAUCUUGGCCAUCUUGAAUUUCCUGGUCUUUAUGGAAAUAAGCCAGACACUUAAUGUUGUUUUAACAGUUUUUGUAUUCAUUCCCCUGAAUUUUUAUGGCAAGUGUAACAACUGUUCACAGAAUGCUGUAGUGAGAACACAGGAUGCACCAGCAACUAUAAAUAUUAUUAUAUGGCAUUGUUUAUACUCAGAGUUAUUGCUUAAUAUAAUGUAAAGUCCCAUUGAAAUGCACUAUUUAGAUUUCUGGUUAAUUUCAAUGGGCUUUGUGUAGCAAAGUGAAUAUGUACUAAAACUGCUGCCAGAUUUGAUCCUGGAAUUAUGCUUUUACAAAAUGCACCACAAACCAUGUCUCCAGGCAAGUGGUAGGAAAAUUUUUGAAAUGUUUGAAAUUUGGAUGAAAAACGGAGAAUGGGAGAAUUUGCAGAUUUUUCUCCCGCAUUCUUUGUCCAGCUCUGAUAUUGACCAUAUUAAGGGCCACUGAAAUCUCUGGCGCUAGAUGUUUCACUUAAUGCAAUAGGAUUUUGUGUACAGUAAAUCAUUUCCCCCCAGAAUGGCUUAUCCAUCACAGAGAACAACAUUAAUGUUGCAAAGUGGCCAAUCUGCCAAAACUGCUCCCACCAAAAAACCUGUUCCAUAUCACCCGCACCAGCAGCCAUAUUCUUCUUUCUCUGAAAAUGGUUUCAGCUCAGUAUCAUAUCUGCUGGCUGCAUUUUGUUGUUUGGCAAGUUCCCUUUCAAUUAGAUGGUGUAGGCAUUCCAUUUAUUUCAACCAGAGUUGGGUGCAAGCUGCAAAUCUUGGAUUCAUUUUUCUCCAAAGUUCAGGGAUUCUGUGGAUUCCAGGUCUGGCUUGGUGCAUCAGAGAGAAAGAAGGGAAGACACAAUAUUUAGGCAUAGAUCUGAGCGUCACCAGAUUUCAGGUGUGACAGGAUUUGGGCCCAAAUGUAUUUAAAACAUGGCUUUUAUUCCUCAAUUAAUUGAAACAAAAAAUCUUGAAAAGCAAAUUCUUCUUGCUACAAGAUUUCUUAUUACAUUUUGAUGAGAUUUGUUAGGCCACAAUUUUUAUUGCAAGAUGUAAAAUCAUGAAAAGGGAAGUAAAUAUUCUGUAGUUACUGUCCAAGGCAUAGCUGUUAGGGCAGUGAUGCAUAGACUGAAUGUGAAGAAUUACUCUCAUUGCCUGAUAGCACGAGAUGAGUGGGGAGGGGAAUCACCUAAGGAGCAAGCAUCUGAUUUUUAUAUCUCAGACUGUUCCAGAACUGGAGCACUCACUAGAGUGGUGGUAGAUUUUUAGAUCACCUGGUUACGUUAAAGCGGAUGGGAGGUAGGGUUGAUAGUGCCCCAAAUCCCCACGCCUCUAGCAACUUAUCUCCAGCCAAACUCAAGUAUGAAGAGUAGUCGUAGUAUUAUCCAUUUGUAUUUCAGUAGCACCGAGAGGUUCCAGCCCCCAAAGAACUUACAACCAGAGUUCAAGGUGAGAGACAACAGGUGGAUGCAAACAAAUGGGGGAAGUAGAAGGUAACAGUGAAACCAUUCUGGUCAGCAGGAGUAAAACCACUAAACCUAGCUUCUGUGUUUGCCCAUGGGCUCAUUGUCAGACUUAAAUGAGCGAUUCAACUUAUUACCCCCAAAAUAUUAAACCCUAAGGCCCAGAUUCACUCCUGUGCUGCACCCCUUGCAUAUUUCACCUUGUGCUCGCAGGGCCAGUUGCAUCAGAAGUGCAGAAUCCAUCUGUGUUGCGGGUUGGUAGUGGUAUCCUACAGUCCCCUCCCCAGAGAUCUUGCCUGAGGAAGAGUGCUUCAGUUUCCAGCCAGGGCUCCAAAGGUUGGGGGCUUGAUGGGCAGCCCAGGAGCCGUGCUGAGUCAGCACACCUCUCAGCCAGCCAAGAUCGCCUUGCUUGUGCUGGCUGGUCCUAAUCCCCCCGGGUAAAAGUGGGGGCACCCCUUUCCAUGUGGAGUUUCCUCCUUUGACAGCCUGCAAACCCAGGUUCCACGGGCAGAACCCAAAGGGGUGAUUCUGGCCUAAUUACUGUAUUUGGGGUCCAGGGCCAAAUGUUUAGAGCCUCCAGAAAGGCAUCUGCGUGUGCACACGCACACAACUGUGAUCAAAUCCAGGCAUUUUCAGGGGGGAUUUGAAAAUCUGACAAAACAGCACGUGAAUGUGGCCAAAAAGGCAGCUGUAGUCCUGAGAAUUUUAUUUUAUUUUGCAAAAUCCCUAUAUUCAAAAGCAGUUGAAAAGAACCUCCAAGUCUUAGCAUUCAGUCUAACAAUCUGUGCAAUCAAUUUUCAGCCCAACGCAAUUAGAGACCUGCAAUAUAAUGUCUUUCCAUCAAAACAGCCCAUAGAGGCAAUGCUGGCAGGCAUUUAACCCCUAGCCAUCAGUCUAAUACCUAUUCUGCUGAGCGGCAACGCACCUGUACAGGUAGCUAUUUGCCUCUUUCAACGGCUGUAAAAUGUGCUGUUUCUCUUUUGACUUGCUAUAUUUAAAAUCUAAGAUGUAGUAUUUUUCUAGUCGGCAUAGUUCUUCAACAAUUUACAUUUCUGAUUAAUAUAUGUAUAGCACCAGGCAGUCUCAAGUCUAGCCAAAAAAUUAUUUAUUAUUAUUUAAAGAGGAGCUUCCAUGAUAUUUAUGAAUCACUUCAACAUGUCUCAACCAAAGAUUUCACACAGGCUGCAGCCUUUCUGAACAGUGAACAUGUUUUUAUCUGCUGAUCUCAAAUAGUCUUUAAUGUCACAAUGCAACUUGCUUUCUUCCAGGUUAAAAAUUAAAAAAAAAAAAAAUCUAAACAUUAGCCCCAUAAGACUUAACACAUUUUAAUAUUGGCUUGAACACUAAAUUAGUGUCAGGCUGGUUAUAUUCAGGGUUUUUCUAUUCUCUAUUAAGGCUGUGAUUUGUUUAAUUAUACUUGAACUGGACCAGACAUACUAUUUAUUGAGCUUAUAGAAUCUUGUUAAUUUAAGUUUUGCCUUGUAAACAAUUGGAAUUUGUUAGAACUUGUUGAGUUAUGUAGGUGGUGUCACCAGUAUUAACUGAUCUGUGCAACUGAUUACAAAGUGUUUCAGAUUGUGUUUCUUAAAAAGGAUUUUAAUAAAGAGAA